AUGCUGCCCAAGAGGGUGGAGGUUGAGACGAGGAUAACAACUACCGUGCCUAUCACAAGCGGCAUUUUCAACCAUCCAGUUGUUAUCCUCUCAAAGGAGAUAUAUCAUGGAAAAGUGGCUGUGACGAGUUUUGACGACACCCCGAUCGAGAAUCGUCAUCCAGAUCCCGCUCGACGACAAUCCUACCUCCCAAUACGUCCAGCCAGACACCCAGAUACCCGCUGCGAUCUCAUCGCUGCGCACGGAAAGACGAUGAAAAAGAGGUCCUACGUUAAUAUCAAGGAUGUUCACGAAAUUCCGUUUGUAGCACUUCGCUCCUGUUGGCGCGACAAUGAUCUCCACUUGGAGACAAUAUCAUACCAGAUGCUUACUUCAGAAUUGUGGAAGCAGAAUCUUGGGGGACUGGCUACUAGGUUGAAAGGCCAUGGCAUAUUCGAGCGGACUGCCCAGUCGACUUGCAGCGAAGCUCCUGUGCCUGUCCGUAUUUCCCAUCCAGGUCAAGGGCUCACCCAAGACCUUGGUCGUGGUACGAAUUUUGCCAGGAUAUCUAGCUCCCCUCUGUCAACAUCCUAUGGAACAUUCAUCCAAAACUCGACGGUGUCGGUUCCCCAAUCGUAUGCUACGGUCCAUAACAGUGCAAACGCCGCGAGAGACUAUCACUAUCCAAGGGUACAUCAAUUCCAGCCACCUGUGCUAGCGAGGCACGGCGAUGCUCCAUUACAGCAAAUCUAUUCAACAGCAGAGCAGCGGCGUUAUGGUGAGGUCGAUCCGGAACCAGAUUGGCCAGAUUGGCUCGGAGUCUUAGCCCUCAUAUGUUUCUUGGCAGCUGUUUGGUACUGGCUUGCCGAUCCGACUGUGAAUUGA